AUGAUCCGGACAGUUACUACUGUUAUGCACAGUUUCAUGACAAUCCUCUACCAAACACAACUGAUGGUUUCGACGGUAAACCUAUACAUGAACCUCUCUGUCUCUAAUCUAUCAAAGCCAACGGAUGUUAUACGUUUUAUCAAUUGUCGCUUAGCAAAAGAAAAAGAAUGUAAACGAGUACAAGCUGUGCCAAAGUACAUUAGAACUGAGGGGUUUGCUCUUCAACUAAAUACCGCACUUGAUGGAUACUUUUUACAACAUGUUUAUAUUUCCAUAUUCUUUGUAUCUUUUGAUACGCUGUUAACAUGGGUAACUAUAGGCCUUAUUACUCUAGACGCUACUCAAGUUAGAUCAACUAAAUGUCUGACAUAUCCACAAUAA